AAAACAAACACACAGAAUAACAAUGCACGCGAGUGAGUUUCCGCUAAAAAAGGUCCAGUCUCUCUGUCUCACACCACCACUUGUUUUGCCGUCGACAAAGUAAAAGGCAACGAAAUCAUCGUUCGAUCAAGCUUAUUAUCAUCGCACUUUUCUUGCAACCUUCUGGAGACCAAAGAGAGCGAAUAAGUACAUCAUAACCAUGCUCACCAACGAAGGAUUCUCAGGUGUAUCGAAUUGCUAUGUGUUCAAGAGCCGAUUGCAGGAGUAUGCACAGAAGGCUGGCUUGCCUACUCCUGUAUAUGAGACAAUCAAAGAAGGCCCUUCCCAUGAGCCAUCCUUCAGGUCCACAGUGAUUGUGAAGGAUGUUAGAUAUGAUUCUUUACCUGGUUUUUUCAAUCGAAAGGCGGCAGAGCAAUCGGCUGCCGAGGUUGCUCUUGUGGAGUUGGCUAAAGCUGGUGAAAUUAAUGAAUCCACUUCUCAACCUGUUCAUGAAACAGGAUUGUGCAAGAAUCUACUUCAGGAGUAUGCUCAAAAGAUGAAUUAUGCAAUUCCAUUAUAUGAGUGCCAAAAGGAUGAAACACCUGGAAGAGGACUUGUUUUUAAAUGCACCGUUGAGAUUGGGGGGAUUCGGUAUAUUGGAGCUUCAACUAAAACAAAAAAGGAAGCAGAGAUCAAAGCUGCUAGAACUGCUUUGUUAGCAAUCCAAUUGAGUGGAUCUGAUAAACAAAGUGGCAGCUCUCAAUUAACGGUAAUUCCUUGCAGAAAGAGGGGAGUUGAGGCUAGUUUUCAAGAGGAGGCGGAAAAUGUUCCCAAGCCAAAGAAGGCUCGGUUUAAAAAGAAAAUGUUGAAAAAGAAACUCUCUGGGGACAGGAUAAACAAUGCUCAAAGUGAACUCACUGAAAAAUUGAAUAUAGUGAAUGGUCAAUCAGGAUCAGAAGCAGACCAAACAGAUAAAUCUGCCAUCCGAGGAGCAAAUUGCAAACUUUUAACAAUGGAAACAACAAUGACUUUCCAGGAUGGGAAGUCAGGCACCAACUUGAAUGAGAGAGAAACAUUUGAUAUUGAAGGGGUUUUGACUUCCUAUGAUACUGGUAAUCCUGAAAGUGUGCAGUUGACCUCUCCGAAUUUUAAUCAAAGCAAUCAUGGGACUGGUGCUGAAAUAUCAGCCAAAUCUAAUGCAGGCACAGGUAAGGUUACUGGAAUUAUAGAGGUGGCUUCAAUGGCAAACAAUUCUGUCCUCGCUCAGAUAGGGGCUUCAAACGCUUAAAACCCAUGGAGAGAGAAUUGCAAUUGGUGCCGGGCAAGGGUAGGGCUUACUGGAAAUAGAUAAACGUUUGGUUUCUGAGAUGAUAGGGGUGGAGGCACUGGGAGUUUCAAUAGAUUAACAUUAUGAGAAUUUCAGGUCAUCGGCUGAGUAAGUUGUCCUAAAACAUUGGCUUAGGGAGGUGAAAUCUGUUAACAAUAUUUGGCAUGCAUCCUUUCCACUGCUCCAUCGGUGUGCAUUUACAUGCGUUGGCAUCUUUGAAGCGGCGGUGGGAGAUUAUAUGAAACAUUUGUACCCUCACCAGGUAUCUGCAUUUAAACUACUUUGAUCAGCUCCUCUAUACAAGUAUUGUUUUGGUAAUACAAUUGUCAAUGGUAGUUGAUGAGGAUGCAUUUCUAAUGGUGCGGUGUGUAUUAUUACAAUGAGUUGUGCUUUGUGGAAUUUUGAAACAGGGGUUCGUUGAGCACGCAUUCACUCGUGCUUGUAAAAUCCCAAGCAACUUUCUCAAUUUACAAUAUUUUAUGAUGGAA